AUGAUUGAUCCAAAAAUAGCUGAAAUUAAAGAGUUUCAAAGACUAGAGAGAAUUGGAGCACAUUCACAUAUAAGAGGCCUAGGUUUAAAUGAUGCAUUGGACGCAAGGUAUUCAUCGGAUGGGAUGGUGGGCCAGAAGCUAGCUAGAAGAGCCGCAGGGAUAAUUGUAAGAAUGAUUAAACAAGGUAAAAUUGCAGGAAGGGCAAUUUUAUUAUCUGGCCAGCCAGGAACAGGAAAAACAGCAAUUGCUAUGGCAAUUGCAAAAGCAAUAGGAAAUGAUACACCAUUUACACAUAUUUCAGCUUCUGAGGUUUUUUCACUUGAGAUGAAUAAGACAGAAGCUCUAAGGCAAGCUUUGAGAAGAUCAAUUGGUGUUAGAAUAAAAGAAGAAAUAGAUGUUAUUGAGGGAGAAGUAGCAGAGCUAGAAAUAGAUCGCUCAAAUUCGACUGGGGUUAAAGUUGGUAGAAUGGCUUUAAGAAGCACCGAUAUGGAGACAGUUUAUGAUAUUGGUAGUAAGAUGAUUGAAUCACUUCAAGCAGAAAAUAUUGUGGCAGGAGAUGUAAUUUCAAUUAAUAAAUCAAGCGGAAAAAUAACUAAAUUAGGCCGUUCUUUCACUAGGUCUAAGGAUUAUGAUGCAGUUGGAUACCAAACCAGAUUUAUUGCAUGCCCUGAGGGUGAACUUCAGAAAAAGAGAGAAGUAGUACACAAUGUAACUUUGCAUGACAUUGAUGUAAUUAAUAGUAGAAGCCAAGGAUUUUUAGCACUAUUUGCUGGUGAUACUGGCGAAAUUAAACCAGAAGUUAGAGCUCAGAUUGAUGAGAAGGUUGCUGAAUGGAAGGAAGAAAGUAGAGCAGAAAUAAUUCAUGGAGUUUUGUUUAUAGAUGAAGUACAUAUGCUAGAUGUUGAAUGUUUUAGUUUUCUUAACAAAGCGUUAGAGGAGGAAACAAGCCCAAUUUUAAUUAUGGCGUCAAAUAGGGGUAUUACAAAAAUUAGAGGGACUGAUUAUAAGUCACCACAUGGUAUACCUAUUGAUCUUUUAGAUAGAUGCCUAAUUAUUCCAACAAUUCCUUAUAGUGAAGAAGAUGUUAAGAAAAUUAUUCAAGAAAGAGCGAGUGAGGAAGAUCUUAAAUUAACUGAAAAUGCUUACCAAAUUCUCACUAGAAUAGCAAUGGAUACAAGCUUGAGAUACUCUCUACAUUUACUAACAGUUUCUCAAGUUCUUGCAAAUAGGAAGAAAAAAGAAGAAAUUGAUAUUGAUGAGAUCAAAAAGGCCUAUUCACUUUUUAUUGAUGUUAAAAGAAGUACCCAAUAUCUUAUUGAUUACCAACAAGAAUAUCUAUUCUCUGAAAUUGAAUCAUCAAAUAAUAAUGAAAUAAAAAGUAAGGAUAAUGAUGAUUGCACAAUGCAGGAUAACAAUCAAGGACUAGUUCCAGAUACUGCAGUUCAGGAAAAAAUGACACUAAUGUAG